AUGGAAGAUCAGUGCGCAACUCCAACUCGUGACUCGGUCAAAUCAAACCCUUCGUCAGAGCCUUCUAAAGUAUCUACUCCUAUGAGCUCUGGACAGCCAAAGCCUAGGCUUUCAAAAAGACGAUAUACUCCGUCUGAUUCGCCGGUAUCGCCGCAUGAAGGGUUCAGGACAUCAAUAUUAGUGCUUAAUUCUUUGGAGGAAAAUUCAAGACCACAUAGCAAACUUUUAAAAUUCAUGCAGCAAAGACCAGGAGAAGAAAAACCAAGACAAGUGAUGCUGCCUUUAUUUUUCCACAAAAAGUCUGAGAGGAUUCACAAAAGACAAGCUAGUUUGACGAUGCCUACACAGCCUUCAACUUUUAAUCAAAUUUUUGAAAAUGUUAUGCUAUAUUAGCUAUUUUUUUAUUUUCUGCUAAUAGGACAAUUUUAGGUUGAAAUAUAAAAUUUUUGAUAUAGCCAAAAGAUUAAUAUGCUCAAUUGAGAAUAACCCUUUUCAAAAAUCAAAUUUGAAAAGGGUAAAUUCGGCGGGCAAAAGGAAAACAGUUUCAUUUUGCAGUGACCUAGAUAACUUUACAGCUAUUGAUAGGUUUGCAUCUGCAGGGCAUAGUCCUGAGCAAAGUGUGGUAGAUUCCAUAGUUUUCACUGGAAGCCAAGACCCAGAUAUAUUAGUGGACAGUUUGGAGGUAAAUGACCACAGAAUGGAAAAAAGAGACAAAGGAAGCAUUGGGACCUUUACAACAGCUCAAAGCUCAUUUGCGGAAUCAAAAACCCAAGAUCAUUCUCAUGACAAUUUGAAAAAGAAAUUUGAUGACUGCGAAAUUUAUAUAGGAAAUCUCCCUAAAGAAGAAUCUAAAAGUAUCCCAACCACAUGUGCAGGAACCUUAUGCACUCAGACUAAUCAGGAAAAUAAUGAUGAAGUUCCUGAGUUCUUUUCAGAAAGAAUUGAUUUUGAAUACGAAAAUGAGGUAAAGUCAAGUGUUUUGAACAUCCCAGAAUUUUCAGAAUAUCCUACUAUUGGGUAUUGCAGAAAUUGCUCUAACCCAAUUUGAUUAUUUUUUGUUUAUUAUUAAUAGGUGUAUAACUUAAAAUAUUUUAUAGAAAUUUUUAUUAUUUAAUUUUUAAGAAAGUUUAGAUUUUUAAAUGAUUAUAAGUAGAUAAAAUUAUAAAAUAAUCAAAGACUUAUAUCGAAUAUUUAAUUUAAAAACCUCAAGAUAUAUUAAUCACCAUUAGUUGAGAUAUAACUUAAUCGUUAUUUGCAGAUUUUUGAACUUUACCACCUAAGUGUGGAAUUUUUUUCCGCGUGUGUGAAAAAAAGGAUCCCACAUGUGAAAUCAAAAGGACUCCACACGUGAAAUCACCUUUUCACACGCGAAAAAACUCCACACUUAGGUGGUAAAGUUCAAAAAUCUGCAAAUAACGAUAAAAUAUUUUUGUUAAUUUUUUCUAAUUACUAUAAAAUCAAUUGAAAAAAAGUUGUUUUAGUAAAUUUUGUUCGUUAUUAAUAGUGCUUAAGGAUAGAUAAAACGGUUUCGCUCAUUAUUAAAAUGGCGGGAGUAAGGAAACAGUAACAAUAGUGGAGUAUGAAAAAAUAAAAGGUAAAGGAUUUUUUGAAAAAAUUGAAUCAUUAAUGUGUUUCUGCGUCCCUGCUUGGAUGUAUAAAAGUCAUUACUUUGUGCAUAAAUGCCCAACUUGUGCAGAAGAAAUAGCUAGAGUUAUUGCAUAA